AUGGCUCCUUCCAAUGAUGAACAAACACCUUUGUGCUCUUCUACUUCUGCAAAUUUUGCUGUCAUGGAUUCAUCUAAUCCUUACUAUCUUCACCCCUCUGAUUCACCAGGAAUGGUGUUAGUAAAUACACUUUUUGAUGGCAAGGGAUAUGCUGGAUGGAGUAGGGUCAUAGUGAUUGCCCUUUCAGCCAAGAAUAAACUUGGUUUUAUUGAUGGUUCUUUUCCAGAACCUGCUGCAGAUUCAGCUCAUCGAAAACUGCAAAAAGAAAUCUGGAAAGAUUUAGCUACCAGAUUUGGACAGUGCAAUGGUGCACAGCUAUACCAACUUCAAAAAGAGUUAUCAAAUGCAGUCCAGGGUGCUUCAGACAUAGCAGGUUAUUUCACAAAGGUUAAGAAGGUCUGGGAUGAACUUGAUGCUUUAAACACUUUUGAUCACUGUACCUGUAAGUGUAUCUGUGAUGGUAAGUUAAAAACCAUGAAAUCACAUCAGGAUGGAAGGCUUAUACAGUUUCUUAUGGGGCUCAAUGAAGCUUACUCAGGUGUAAAGAGCAGCAUCUUAAUGAUGGAUCCCUUGCCCUCAGUCCAUCAUGCCUACUCUUUGCUCAUUCAAGAUGAAAAACAACGAGAAGUGCAUGUGACAUCGCAUCCCACUCAAGCAGCUUUCAUGGUGUCCAACCAUAAGUUCACUGGAGGACAGAAGUCUACAAACACACAAAAAUUCAAUGGAGGAUUCAGAAUAAAUUCUGAGAAAUAG